AUGCCUAUAGCUACUAGCACCCCACCUCUUGAUCUCAACUCCACAGUUGGCUGCAUGCUCGUCGGUGCACUGUUCUCUGUACUGUUUUACGGCUUGACGUGCGCUCAAGUCGUGUACUACUCGUCGGCUUACUACAGCAGCGACAAGGCACUCGUAAAGGCAUUCGUUUAUGGCAUAACGUUGGUAGAGGAGCUUCAUACUCGGUCGUACGGCGUUGACGAGAUCGACAAGGGUCUCGUUUGUUUAUUGGACGUAAACACUGGCCAUGGGAAGACUGCAUGGGCCCUUGUCAUCGAGAGUCAUGCCAAUCCGCCAAGUCUUCUAGGCGUGCCAAGGACUUCGCAUAGAGUGUACCCCGCUGAGUAUGUUCUGGCGGUUCUAUAUCCAUGGGCUCUGGUCACUGCUCACGUGGUUUGGAUCAACGUACAAAGCACGUUUGGCGAUCACGGUGCCCCCGAUCUGCCUGUCUCUGGUGGCUCUCGAACACGGGAUUUGAAUCACCAGAAGGCACUUUUGGGGUUCGAGGUUGAGACUGUAGCCACUCAAUGUGGUGCUGCACUGGCAGAUCUAUGCAUAUGUGUAUCUCUUUGCUGGACGCUGCGCGGCGCACGCUCAGGGUUCAAACGUCAAUCGCGGAAUUCUCUUGACUUCAUGUACUGCGUUAAGACUCUUACAUUUUCAUGGGUUCCAUUGUCCUAUAUUCUGUUGAAAGCACAUACUACAGUGUACAUCAACUCAAUGAUGGCUGUGUGA